AUGGCAAGAUUAAUAGUGUAUCUUGCUUUCAUCAUCUUUUGCGCUAAUCGACAACAAAAUGCGGCAGUAGGACCAGGAGGAGUAGCCGCUGAAGUUGUCACAAAUUAUAGAGCUGACAAGUUAUGGGAUGAUGAUUUAUUAAUGGAGACAAUGCAAGUAGAAGAAUCAACACUGACGAAUUGUGACACAAUGAAAGAUGGAAGAUUAUUUGUUUUGGAAGAAAAACCGUUGUUAUUGAUGACAAAUACUGUUAACUUGAUGAAAUGGAAUUAG